AUGAUAUUUUUGUAACCUUCUGCUAGCUAUUUCAAAAUAGAAAAAAAUGGUUAGUAUCAGCUGUUAUAAUACAUCAAGUAUAACAAUAAUUAGUUUAGCUAAUUCUUCAGCCAUUCUUCACUCUUUUAUAGAAAAGACAUUAAUUUAAUAAUAUAAUUUUAAGUUUAAAAUUAAUAGAAAGCAGUAUUAAAUACAUUUGAUAUUAACUUGAGUUAAUUAAAGUGCUAGCUAGCUGUUCCAGGUAGUUAUUCUUUUAUUCACUCAAAUUAAGAAGGAGUGAUUUAUAAUUUGAAUUAGAAUAAUCUUAACAAAAUGAAUUAUUUAGACUGCAGCAUUUAAAGUAAAAGCAUGUAUGGGAUGAAUUUUUAGGAUUCUAGCAUUUAAUUAAUUCAGUCUUUUAUAUUUUUAGAUUUAUCUCUUGAUAUGAUUGUUAUAAUAUCUUUUAAUAGAUCUAAUAUUUUUUAAGCUUCUACUUUGAUUUACUAAGGCAGUGUUGAUUACUAGAGUUAUGGUUUGUCAGCAGUAGCUUUAUAUUAAUAAGCCACGAAUAUUAUAUUGAUAAUUUAUAAAAAUAAUAUUUUUAUGAUGGAUCUAUGGACUCCUCUAUUAACUUAACUAUAUUAUAAUUCAAUGAAAAAUCCUUAAAAUAACUUUUUAUACUUUGAAGAUUAGAACUUAGCUGUUUAUUAUGAUAAAAAUACUGGAAUUCUCUUUCAUCAUCAAGGUAUUCUAUUUUACUAUAUAAUUUGA